AACAAAAUGGCAGUACAACAGGACAAGUCUUCGAGCACUGUGAGCAGGACGCGACGCGCGCUCUCACAGUCUGACCCCGCCUUGCUGAUGCACGUGAAGAACCAACAGGCACAGUUUGGCAAGAGCAACGUCCCGAAUAUGCUCAGCGCGUUACAAUUCGACAACUUCGUGAGGAAGUCUAUAAACAUCUCCAAGAUCAACUACCUGUCCAUGGCGCCUGUAGAUGACACUACCUCUCUCGUUGUCACACCUGGAUCACAACAUACUCAGGAGCCGAGCCGCACAUCAUCAGUAGUACGAGGAAAAACCGUAGAAGACUCGGCAGACGAACAAUUCCCAAUCAACGUGACGUCGUUGAUGAACGAGGAUAACUAUUGGGGGUGUUUUUACCCCUUCCCAGAGUUAUAUAACGAUGUAUACUCUCCUGUGGUACGCGUGAGAGAUAUCAAGGACGUGGCGGAGAUAGUGGGGGGCGUCCUGACUCGAGACAUGGUCAACGCCUGUCUCACAUACCUCAAGAGAACCCCCAUUCUCGGGGACUUCGUGUUCAUCAAACUGGACCUGUCAAACAAGCACCUCGUCAACAUAGAAGUGCUUCAGCAUUAUAAAUACUUGGUGUAUUUGGAUCUCUCCGCUAACUACCUGACGGAUCUGACGGUGCUCUCACAUCUUCUUUAUCUGCAAAAUCUUUCUGUUUCUUUCAACAGACUUAAUACUGUUUUGGAAUACGACGUUCCGCAAUGGUUCCUAACGGAAGUGCACUACAAAUACAACUCAGUUAAAAGAAUAAGAGACUUGACGAUGUUUUGGUCCAUCACGAUACUCGAUUUGUCCCACAACAAUAUAAAAGGAAUCACCGGGUUGGAAAACUUGCACUAUCUCCGACGGCUCGACCUCUCCUUUAAUCACAUCCAGCGACUUGAAAACCUGAAUAACUUGCGCUUGGUGUGGCUUGACGUUUCGUACAACAACAUUUCAAGCUUUGAAUUCGGCUCUCAAGCCGGCCUUUGGACGCUGUAUCAUCUUGAGUAUCUGAACCUGAACGAGAAUAAUCUCACUUCCAUGAAGAUAUUUUCAGGUUGUACAAGGGUUAAAGAACUGCACGCGCGGAACAACGGUCUGAGCAUGCUCCUGGAGCUGGCGGUGUACAUGCGCCAGAUGCGCCGGCUGGCGAUCUUGGACCUGAGGGCCAACCCCAUCUGCUGCACGCCAGGGUACAGGGACGUCGUCAUCAAUACCUUCCCCCUGCUGCUUAGCCUCGAUGCUGAGGAACUCGACCCUGUCAUCCAGAGACGCUUCAAAAUGGACACAACUCCAGACGUAAAGGCGUUCGCUUGUCGACGCCUCCUGCGGCUGUUGUACAUAGAGCAGCUGUCUAGGGCUCGCGUGUCACCAUACGUGCCCCCAGCCGACACCAGAGAGGUGCCCCUGGUUAUCAUUGUGGGGUACGAAGCCGUUGGAAAAGGUACUCUAGUCCGCCGGCUAGCUAACGACUGUAGCGCGAACAUAGAAGAAGCCGUGCAGCACACGACAGCAAUGUUCCACUUCCCUGGACACUACAGGGAGGUGACCAGGAAAUUGUUCGACAAGAUGCUGCUCUCCGGAGAAUUGCUCACCUACUCGGAGCUAGAUGGAGAAUCGUAUGGUCUUAGCCGUGAAGAAGCGUACGUUAAAGACGGGAAAGUGAAGGUGGCAGCGAUGGAUCUGACGUCAGCUCUGAUGAUGCAGUUGCGCGGGCGCCGGCCGUACCUCAUCCUCGCCACGUGCUCCGAUAAGAAUGCUUUGAUUAAACGACAGCGGGACCGUAAAGAAUACCGUAACAGAAUGCUGGAGGCUCGAACAUCUGUUGAAGUGCCUUUAGAAAAGUCCACGCUACAAGUGUUGGUCUCCGGGCGGAUACUUGUUACCGGGAUACUUAACGAAAUACUUCUGUGUCUUCCCGAAGAGAAAGAGGAGAGUGAGUUCGUGAUAGAGUCGCAGUGUUCCCUGCUGAUGGAUAGCGACGCUCGCGAGGCUGUGCAGGAGUAUUCCAAGGGAAUCACUAUGCUCACGCUCAUGUCAUCGGGCACCAGCUCACUCGAAGAGGUCUGCAAACGGGCAUAUAAACAAACCAUUCAGAACGAAGCAAGUCUUUGUUCGCUGUACAAGGAGUCUCAGAACACUGAUGAGUACGCGAGCGAUAUUAAUGGCCAGAACUCCUAUCAAGACUCCAAAAAAUCGGGAAUUUCUGGUGCGAACAGCGCCAAGUCAUCAAAAUCUGUAACAUUCACAUCGCAAGAUGCGGAAGCAACUGCUGGCCUGAUAAUCAAAGAGGGAGAAAUCCCUAGAAACCUGACAGGAUUACUGAUCGAACCUGCGAAUAUUGAGAAGACCCAGGAGGGCGCACAUUUUGACCAAGAACGAAUAAAGCACAUGACUCAGCGCUCACUAAGCAAGAAGUUCCCGUGGCCGAUAGCCGGACACGGUCCGCCGCCGGGCCGCACCGGCUCCGGGUGCUCCAUGGACCCCGACGGCGACCUCUGGCUCAGCUUCCUCAUAGACACUGGCUUGCUGCAAGCCAGCGACCCUAACAUUGAAAUGUCUGAAACAUUCCAACAACGGCGUGAUACGAAGGUGGAUGAUCCGGAGUAUAUACUAAAGCAAUUGGCGUAUUAUAGAAUGAUUCCAAGUCAGUCUUUCUCUACGAAUAUCAGAGACGACUAUGAGCACAUACACCGCAAAUGUCCCGGUCUUUUCUGGGAUACUAUUACUAUGGAUGACCCAGAACAAGCAUUCAAAAAAGCCAAGAGAAUAAUCAAAGAUAUUGUUAAUUCACAACCGGACUUCAAACCAAUGUUCGACAUUAAUUUUACAAUGUUGACCAAAGACUAUCCAACAAUCAAGAAGAAGAUUGCCACUAUCGCCAAUAACAUCGCACCACGAAGGUUUUUCUUCUAA